CACAUUUUAACAACUGUAAUUGUGUAGAAAUGGCUCAUCAAUUUCCAAGACAACACAAUGGGAGGACAGGACCCCAGGCAAGAUGGGGAAAUCAACAAAACCACAAUGCGAGGAUAGGACCCCAGGCAAGAUGGGGACAUCAACAAAACCAGCAAGCCUGGUUUCAACCUCCACCCGAGGAUUUCUUACAUGAGGAAAUCCAAAGAUUAAACCAUCUUUUGGAAAUGGAGAAAGGGAGAUGGUUUGAGGAGAACCAAAAGGUAGUCGAACUGGAAUCACAGUUGGAGGAGACAAAAUCAGAGGUGAAAAGGCAGAAAAGUCUCAAAGAAAUGUUUAUCAACAAAGGCAAAGAGACAAAGAAGGAACUGGAGAGAUUACAAAAGGUUAGUGAUCCAGAGAUCCUAAACUCUGCAGCCAUUGCCGAAAUAGUUCACAACGACAUGAAAUACAAGAAGAAAAAGAUGCUGCAAAAAGACUUUGAUGAACUGAAGGUGGCCCACAUCCUCGUCCAACAAUCUCUUACCUCACAAAUCCAGGCAGAAAAAGACAAGAAUAUUGCCCUCCAGGAAGAACUGGACAAACUCAAGACUUCCUACCAGGAGCUUCCCUCCAAAAGUAAAGAUGCUGCUGCAGAAAUGCAGCAUGUUGGGAUUCAGACAGAGAAUGAACAAAGAACCAGUGAGAAUGAACAACUCCUCGAAAAUCUCAGAGCUGAGAAGGAAGACGUCUUCCAAAAAAUGUCUCAAGAGAUCGCAUCUCUGCGAGAGAGGGACACCAGUUUGCUGAGACAACUAGACCAGCUUCAAGUUUCAUACCAAGAACUGAACUGUAGGUAUGAAAAAGAUGUUUCUGCAUUAAAACAGCAAGCAGAGGCAUAUCAGCAGGAGCUAAACUGCCACAAAAAUGCUAGUUCAGAGAGAGCAAGCUUAACUUUCUACAUUCAGCUGCUGCAGCUGGCUAACCUCUUCUAUGGGGUGAAAAGAGGAGACCAAUGUAAAAUCUCCUCCUGCCAGUAUAUAGCCUCUCCACCGCCAAGACCCCUGCAGUGCCUCCUCGUGGCCCCACACGUCAACUGGGUACCCUACAGUCCCAGGCUAAACUGCAGGGGAUCUCGGAGCAACAGUGGGCCCCAGAGACAUGGUGCAAUAAUGCUGUGGCAUCAGUCAACCACUGUUCCAGCUAUGGACAAAUAG